GCAGCAGAGCGAUGUUUCAGAAUCCAAACACGAGCCUGUCAGAGGACUCUGAGAUCAGAUCAGAAUAUUCCAACAUCCGUCAUUUGUCUCCCGUGCAUGAACUUUGCAGCGAUCCAUUAGGACCACUAAGCCCAUCCCAUACAUUUGUGCAGAGGUCGUGAACUUGUCCUGCGUAUGACGACAUGUGAGGUAAAUACCCGUCUAUAUCCCUGACAUUUUCAGGCUGUUGAGUCCCUGGUCUGGUCCUGUUCUGGUCCUGUUCCCUGCCAUGGUUGUUCAACAUCAGAUCCUCUGUUCUCUCGGAGCUGCAGCAGUUUUGUGACAGAACUGACUCUAACUUGAGUUUUUCCAGCCUACGGAUUGGCAGAUUUCCUUUUACCUAACCAUGUGGGUGAGUACGUACACUCGGAUGCACUGAAAACUUUUCACACUCCCAUAAGAUUCCUAUCUGUGGUUUUCCAUCUGUCAGUCCAUCCUCUGUCAUCAGUAUAAUUAUCAAAGCAGACUUUUAAUGAAAUAAAUGUAAUCUUGCCAUGGAAGCGCCCAUCAUCUGUAUUAUUCCAUCAGAUUAGGAUCCCGGAUUAAUCAAAUCGUACAGUGAGCUGAUGCUUAUGAGCUUAUAAAAUAUCAAAUAUGUCACUUCUUACACAGACAAUAUGCAGCCAUGGCAGAGGAGUAUUAAGCACUAAAGUCACAACAAUGACAUUCGGCAUCAUUCAUUUUUCUAAAUCCUCCUGACAGAUGGGCCUGUGGACAACAGAUCAGCCCCUGAAUGGAAAAACCCCCAGAGGAGCGGGCAGUGGGCAGAGUCCACAGGGCACGAGCAAGACGUGAUUAUUUAAUCUGAAAACGACAUGCGUUCACAGACAAACAGAGGGAGAAGGGAGAAGAAAACACAUUUAUCAGGACGUCUUCAAAUUUGUCCUGUUUCUUGUGUCAGAGUGGGUUGUGUGUGUUUUUAUGAAUUCAGAAUCCUCUUCAGAUGAAAGCUGAUAAAAUAUGCUUUGCUCCACUUUGAGACUCAACCAGAAGCUGCUGUCUGGGUCUCGGUUUUGAUAUUCUGCUGCCAGAAAGCAUACAACUGUCUGUGCCUCUGAGCGUGACUGUGCUGCUGGUAAACACAGUAUCUCGUGCGUUUGCAGAGAAGAUGUGAAAAAAUAUGAAAGUGCAGUUUGUUAAAAACAAAGAACAAAAUCAGAGCAAAACAGCAGUUACUCUGACUGUCUCACUGCAAAUGUUCCUAAGUAGAUUUGUCCUUUUAAAUAGGAGAUGCUGAAAGGAGAUAUGGGCACAUCUGCAAGACUAUAAAUUAAUUCAAGCCUUUAGCCAAGUGCUUGUAAAUCCCGACUGUUUUAGCUGGUAGAUAAGUAUGUCAGUUCUUCCAGCCUCGGUGGCCGCUGGCCAGUACUUCUUCAAUUAGUCUCCUCUGCUGCAAAUCAUCCUGAGGUCCCCGAGGGAACAAGAAUAAAUAUUUUUAGUUGACUAAUUGCUGUGACAAGGAAAUGGCAAAGCCGACCCUGAAUCUUAAGUGAAGGUCAGUUGAUCCCCUGGUCAAGAAAUUAAUUAACUCUGGUCUGAUCCGCAGGGAACUAUAGGUUAACUAAAAGAUACCCCCUGUUGUGGUGCCGCCAAUGCUAACAAUGCCAGUGUUGUGGUUGAAAUAUCAGAGUUGAGAGUUUGUGGAGGUCAUUUAUGUAUUUAUGUACUGUAUAUAUAGUUAAAGUUUCCGAUUGUAACAACCGUUUUUCGAGAUUGUACAUUUUCUCUGUGUAUGCAAAAUUAUAUUAAUUUAUGCACCGAGUAUGUAGACAAUAUGCAAAUUAAACUGGGAAGGAACCGAGGUGUGAUUGGUGGACAGUUCCAACAUCGGCUGGCGAUGCCACCUGUUUGGAAAGGAUUCAAGAUGGCUGCCGGCAGCAAACGUUUGUUAGAUUCUGUUCUACUUUUUCCAACUUCUGGAAACAGGCUGAAAGGAUGAGGACAAAUAUGAAAAGUUCACCUCCUCCAUUUGAGACAAAAAGGGCCAGUCUGACAGACCGGACGUCACGGGGCCACUUCCCAUCCUCUGUGUGCAGCUAAGCGUGAGUCGGAGGCUCCGGAGCUUCCCUGUGUGUGAGCACCUCAGCUCCAGGAUGUGGCUCUCGGUGGCUCUGCUCCUCUCUGGAUUCUCUGCUCUGAUCCACGAAACAAGCCUUCGGGCCAGGAAGUGCACUGGAUGAAAAAGAGGACACGGAGAGGGAGCAACAUUUAAGAUCACAUUUCUCCUCAGUGACUUUUGAAGAACAGCAGGAGAAACCUGAGGCAUUUUAUCAUCACUUUAACAUCAAACACUGGCUGCUGGCUAGAAAAAAACACCUUUCAUUUGUGUCACUGCAGGGUCCGCACCAGAGGAACCUGCUGAAGAAUCUCCUGAAAGACUACAACCGUAUGGAGCGACCCGUGGGGAACGACUCCCACACCCUCACCGUUCACUUCUCCCUCAGUUUGAUACAGAUCAUGGACGUGGAUGAGAAGAACCAGGUGUUAACCACUAAUAUAUGGCUGCAGAUGAACUGGUACGACCAUUACCUGCAGUGGAACGAGAGCGAACAUCCUGGGGUGAAGAACCUGCGCUUCACCACAGACCAGGUGUGGACGCCCGACAUCCUGCUGUACAACAGCGCAGAUGACGACUUUGACUCCACCUUCAAGACCAACGUUCUUGUAAAUUCCAGCGGUUAUGCCAAAUACCUACCACCAGGAAUCUUUAUGAGCACUUGCAGUGUGGACGUCCGCUGGUUUCCCUUUGACAUCCAAAAAUGUGAGAUGAAGUUCGGCUCUUGGACGUACGAUGGUUGGCUCCUUAACCUUCAAAUGGUGGACGCUGACAUUUCCAGCUACAUGCCCAACGGCGAGUGGGACCUAAUCGGUGUCCCUGGCACCAGAAACGAGGCCUUCUACGACUGCUGUAAGGAGCCCUACCCUGACGUGACAUUUGUUGUGACGAUUCGGCGCCGAACGCUCUACUACGCUCUGAACCUGCUCAUCCCCUGUGUGCUGCUUUCAUCUAUGACUCUGCUCAUCUUUGUGCUGCCUGCAGACUCCGGGGAGAAGAUCUCGCUGGGUAUCACUGUGUUGCUGUCCCUGACUGUUUUCAUGCUGCUGGUGGCAGAGAUCAUGCCAGCAACGUCAGACUCCGUCCCUCUUAUAGGUCAGUACUUUGCCAGUAUAAUGGUCAUCGUCGGCUUGUCAGUUAUCGCCACCGUGGUGGUUCUGCAGUAUCAUCACCACGACCCAAAUGGGGGGAACAUGCCAAAAUGGGUGCAGCUGGUCUUGUUGCAGUGGGUGGCGUGGUUCCUGCGUAUGAAGCGACCAGGAGAGAACGAUGACCCAGGGCGGCCCCCGUGUGCACCCCACCUACGGCGCUGCUCCUCAGGCUCUCAGAGCGGCAGCAUCCCUAACCCCACGGACCCCACCUUUCACCCGCUGCACCCGCAGAACCUUGCUCCUCUCCAAACCGGGCCACUCCACGCUGGACACCCCCACCUGCACACACAGUCCAGUGCCAACAAUAACGGUAACCUCCUCUACAUGGGCUUCCAGAGCAUGGAGGAGCCGACGGUGCUUUCAGAGCAUGUCCAGAGGAACAACAUCUCGGCAGGUUCUGUGCGGGUGUCAGGAAGCCCACCUCCACACCUACCGUCCCAGUUCUGCAGCUCCCCACCGCCCACCACUCCUAAUAUGGACACUGUGUGUUGCCCCAGCACUGUCUCCAGUGGUGGGGGUUUUGGAGGUGCUGCAGGAGGGUGUUCCACUGCAGGGAUAGGAGACCCCCAGCUGCAGGCUAUCCUGGAGGAGGUCCGCUUCAUGGCAGACCGCUUCAGGGAGCAGGACGAGUCUGAGCGAGUGGCCGACCAGUGGAAGUUUGCCGGAGCUGUGAUUGACCGUCUGUGUCUUGUGGCGUUCAGUGUCUUUAACAUCAUAUGCACCAUUUCUAUCCUCAUGUCGGCCCCUAACUUUGUGGAUGCUAUUUCAAAGGACUUUGUCUGAAAACAAUGAAUGGAGGAGGUAGAUGAAUUAAGGAUGACGGAUGGACUGGGCUUUGAAAACACAAUUUCCGAUGAACCAUGGGCUUUGUGGUUCGGGUGUGAGAAGAAUUGGAAAAUAGAAAAACAAAAAACGUGUGUGUUUUUUAGCAGUAUUUUCUGUUUUUGUAAGUGGAAUGUUGGAUUAAAAAGAUGAGGAAGGGGGAUUCAGAGUGACGAUAAAAUCAGGAUGCGGAACAGCCGGGGGCUUUGAAAGAUUACCAACAUGGUGAAAUGAAUCCUGGUUCAUUUUAAGACUUUCCCCUUAAACUAGAGGAAAAGUAGUGAGAAGGAAAGGAAGAAAUCAGUCUAUGAUGAUUGUAAGUGAAGCAGCUCUUAAAACAAGGACUAGAGUGAGAGACAUAGAAAAGGAAAGACAAUACUGAGUGAUGGGGUCGGAUAAAUAAGAUAGUCAUUUGACAGUUUUAUUUUCCUCAGGGAGUAAAACAGCGUUUCACCCCCACAUUUAGGAAGGACCGCACCAUUUAGAGCGAUGUGUAGAGGAGAGGGCACCAAGGAGAGAGAAAGAGGCUUUGACAAGGACAGACGACAGAGAGCGCCCGUCAAGGAAGGAGAAUUUAUCCCUUGUGUCAUUGGCAGAUUUAAGUGGAGUAAACAGCUUGAUGCUCGGAUAAACAAACGUGGACCAAAGAUCAAGAUCAAAAAGCGGCGGCCGAGGCAGCACAGAUGAGGAUCUCAUCUAUUAUUCAAUCACCUCUAUCUAAUGACCGUCAAAUUGAAAGACCUGUGAGACUAAUACGCUUUUAAAAGAUGAAGUUCCCCCUCUUUCCAUUUGCAGGGUUUUAUCUCUGCAAAGCUAAACAUAAUCUGCAACAAUCAGCGCAGAUCACAGGCUCCUCAGCCACGACCGGUUUGCAGAGCCUAUCGUGACUGGAAAACUGAAUUAACUGGUUAAGAAUGAACCAAGAAUGGAGGCCUGUCCCACGGAGCAGUGACCUAAUUGUGGCUGACAGGGUCUGAGGAGAACGUUGGAUCUUGUUAAAAUGUAUGCAUAACAUUAUUUACAUAAAGUAAUUUCAGGUGUUUUCAAAGAAUGUGAGAGACAAAACAGAGGUAAUAAAUUACUGUCUCACACAAGUUUUAAAUUUUCAGUAUUUCCUUACCCUUUUUCCGCACACAACCCCACGGCUAUUCACUUCUCAUUACGGUGAGGAAAAAAAAAUGAGACACAAUUAGUUUGUUUUCUAACUAAUAAAAAGCCUGUUUUACCCAUUUAUACAUCACUGUAGUUUGGCGCUAACAUUAGUCAAAGUGAAAGAAAGUAUGACGUUUACGGACCGACGUUAAGCUGUGAAUUCUUACACAUUGAAAGCUGUUUCAGAUUUGUAUCUCAAUUAUAUUGCUGUUAUUUAAUUUUCUAAUUCCAAACCACUGUGCAGGGCUGUGCAAAUGUCUUUGGCCACCAUUCGUUUAUUGUACUGUUCAAAUGUUUUAUAUGUAAUAAUUGUAAUUGUGUCAGUUUAAAAAGGUGUCAGAUUAACAUAAAAUUAAAAAAUAUAUAUAAAAGAAAAAAAAAACAAAAGUUGAAGAAACUAACAGUGUUAAAUGUUUUUUGAUCCAGUGAUUAUGAAAGUGUAAGAGUUCAGACUGGAGAAAGCAGUUGACAACAGAGAAGACUUUUCAUCUAAAGAAAAGUUUCACAGAACAUGUUCCUUUGUGUCUGGUUAGAAUCACUUCACAUUUUUAUUUAAAAAAAUGUUCUUGUUAACAACAAGGAAACAGGGUGUAUGAUGGUCUCAGUACAGAUGUAGGCGACUGGACUAGACUGGUUGUUUGAAGAUGUUUCGUCGAAGACUUGAGUUGUGACCGAUCAGUGGAACAGUCUUCACCAGGGUGCGGCUGUGAAUGUUGGUGUCCUCUGAGAGACACAGUUUACUGCCGUGUUGUUGUUGUGUAUGACGGUGACGUUUCCAUCUAAGGUAGCUGAUACUUGGUGUCUUGAUUCAGCGCCUCUGUUGAUGCUGCUCCAGAUGGUACUCCAUCUGUCCUGAAUUCUGUCUUUGAUGCAGAUGGACAGUUGAGUAUUUAUGUCCUGGUUUUGUUUUAUUUUUUCUUGCUGACAUUAUUCUUUGUGCCAUAAAAUGUUGCUGCGUAGGUCAAAUCCACCGUAUUGUUACUGCUAAGAAAACGUACAGAGAACUAAAUCACGGAAUUCCACUUUUGUUUAACUUGGACGUGGCCUAAGACAUUUGUAUUCACUGGUGUUUGUGUUUACACCAAGACUCCGUUGGUCAUGGUGUUUACUCAGUUACUGACUCAGUGUCUCUGUCUGUUGUGGUCAAUGUACGCUGCUACACAAUGUGUAGGGGAAGUUCUACAAGUAGUUUAACUCCACACCUCUCUCUAUUUUCUGUCUGGUUUCACUUCCUCUAAAUUUAGCUGAGUGUAAACUUCCUGUCAAGGAUCUUCUUCAGUAGGAUGCAUUCCUCCCGGCACAUUUUGACACCCGAGCAGUCACACCUGUACAGACAGUUUCUCAUCUUGAAAAUAACAAAUGCUCACUAUUUCCCCCCAUCACCUCUGGGCUGCUGUGUUCUCUCCCUGGCUCUCUGUUGACAGAGCCUGGCACGACGGCCAAAAAGAAGAGAAAAAUGACAAAGUGAGGGCAUAGGAGGAGCCGGGAAAGUGCUGACUCGCAUCCAGUGCUGGACAGCGCCUUAAUUGAUCACUCGUUCAGGAGGAAGAGAAUGGGGAGGGGGAUGGACUGGGUGGAAGAAACUGGGGAGGGUUAAUGGAGGAAAGAGGGCCGUACUGGGUAUUUCAUGCGAUUUAUGAGGGACAGAGGCGGGGGAAGAUGGGCUCUCAGACGAGCGUUACUCAGUCACAAACAUCAGAUGAAAGGCCACCGACGUUUAUCACAGCACAAGAAGAAAGACCUACACUGUGGACACCGCCAGGAAUUAGAGAAAUAUUUUCAUGCAGCUAUUUGUGCAGUAAGUGUUGGGGGCUGUGUCGGCCGUGUGUGGCCUUCAGUGUGUCACUCAGUCAGUGUGCCACACUGAGUGAAGAGUCAGCAGUGUAUUUAUAGUGUUGUGCUGGUCCUCAUUCAGGGCGAGCAUGACUCCCAGUUUGAUGAGCUGACUCUCUUUCGCUCCACGUUAGGAGAAAUGUGCAGGGCCAGCAAUCUAGCAGCACUUAGAUUUACUGUGUUCACUCAGACGGAAUAAAAGAAUGUGUGUAAAGACCACCGUGUGUUUGUGUGUGUUUGGGUAAAAUGAGCUUCAGCGUUUGUGUAUGUUCCUCGAUCAAUCAGCAGUUGUUUUUUUGUUUUGUUUUUCCCCUCCCUCAUCCUGCUCUCAUUUAAUAACAAAGCAUGGUAAUUUACCCACAUGGUCAUUUCUCAGAACCUUAGUGGAGGCACAUUAGUGCCUCAUGCAGAUUCAUGAGUGUGGAAUUGGGACGCUGAUAUGUAACUUAAAAAGAUUUGCUGCAAAGAAUACAGAUGAACCAGAGGGGAACCGUACAGGCCGGGCUAAAGACGACUAAACAGGGCAGGAAAUGUCAAACAGAAAAACCAAUUGGAAGAUCCAUUCUGAACAUUAACGUUGGUGUGGCAUAGCAUUUACCUAUGUCUAUAUGUUAAUCAAAUGCAGAUGCAUUCACCCUUGUGCAUAGACACCUGUUCUGUCAUAGGGUCCCAGCCUGCUGUGCUGUGUGUUCACAUCCUGACAUCCUGCGGCGGAGGCUGAUCAAUGCCUUUUAAUUACCAGGGGCCCAAAGCGCUGGUCGAUACAGCUGAUGAGGAGCAGAGAGGAGAGGGAAUGAGAAAGAAGGCAAGGGUAAGAGGAGGGGGACAGAGAUUCUCCAGGCGGUGAUUGAUGCUCAUUCCACCCAGAGAGUCUAUACCUACAGAUGUGUUGUUAGGCUUGGUUAAUCCUAUGAAGCUACAUUCGUUCACUUUAAAGGCCGCAGUUUAACUGGACCAGCCGCCGCCGUCAUGAGGUUAAGUGGGCAGUAGGUGUCCCCCCUCCAUAACACAGGCCAAUACG